AUGACAACUGGGCAAUUUGUUCAACUCUGCAUAUAUUUGUUAGCCGGAAGUUCAUUUAUUUGGUCACCUGGAAAAUGUUCGGUUGGUGAUUCAGUAUCAUCAGGUCAGGUGGUUGGCUCCCCAAAUCCUAGGUCUAAUAGUAGAAAUGCUAAAUCUUUUUCUCCCAUGAAGCAAUUUCUGAUGCAGUCUUAUUAUGGCAGAUAUACGAGCUUACAUGAUUCAGACUUUGAAAAUUUCAUGUCUCAUGAAGUCACUUCUGGUCUGUGUGAAGUGCUUCCAGAAAACCUUAGUUCCAUAUUAAGAUUGUCAGUUCUAAAACGAGGUCUUGUUGGUGAAGGUUCUCACCGCCAUGUGUCUACAUUAAUCAAAUUACAAACCCAACAGUUGAACUCUUUGUCUGAUCUUUUAAGCUACUCAUGUGAAUUAAUAAUUAUUGAAAGGCUGCCUUCUGGAGUUUUUGCUGAUCCAUUUGAAUUACAACAUCUUGCUCAACGCGGUGUGUUCAAUGAUAUAGCUGUCUUUGGCGAUACAAAUCUGGAGCUGCCUUCGUUCUUGUCCAAUCGAUCUGCCGUUGAAAUCCACUUAGAUAUUGAUCCAAAUACAUUGCUACAGCCAGCUGAUAUCAGCAUAGAGCUUCCUUUGCACGCACGAUAUCAACCUCUGAAUGAAAGUGGCUACUCAAUAGUCGAACUUGGUGCACCGGAUACGAUUCUGCGCUGCAGCACAAAGGAAAAGAUGGAAAAUAGCAGUUGUUUGUUCAAAUUGAAAAAUGAUGAUGCCAAUCUGUAUGAAGCUGGUCUUGUUUGGAGAAUACCAUCUGGAAAAAAGGCGCACUCUGAUCUUGUCUCUAUUGUUACAUUUCUUACAGCCUUCUUAUCAACUCUUGUAAUUAUGGCUCUCGCGGCGAAGGUGGAAUUCAUAGGAAUAGCGACGGGGAGCAGUAUAUGGAAUGAUUUUUGGUGUGAAGAUGUUCAUGGUCAUGUUCAUUUCCUACUUCCAAAUCCAGUUUCGGCUCUUGCGGCGAAGGUGGAAUUCAUAGGAAUAGCGAGGGGGAGCAGUAUAUGGAAUGAUUUUUGGUGUGAAGAUGUUCAUGGUCAUGUUCAUUUCCUACUUCCAAAUCCAGUUUCUUCCCUUUUCAUAUGA